AUGGCUGAUCAGGCCGAGCAUCCUUUGGGCUCAGACCAGCUCGAAGACUCCCCCACUGCGCCAGAGUCGCCGGCAAAUGCAGAUAUCCUAACGAAAACAGAGGGCAAUGAAGAGCUAGCCACUGAUCAGCAGGAUGUGGAGUCAAACUCAGAAGAUGGUGAAAUUAAAGAAGCUGAAGAAUUAUCUGCACCCCCUCUGCCUGACGAAGCUCCGCCACCCUUGCCAAAUGAAGCUCCGCCUGCUAAAGAGGAUGAUGAUGGAUGGGAUCCUUUCUGGGAUGAUAAAGUCAAGGCCUUUUAUUUCUACAAUCGGUUUACCGGAGUUUAUCAGUGGGAAAAUCCCCGUCUUCCCGGUGCUGCUGUUUCCGGUGCUGUUGCCAGUGCCACCGAUGUUCCAGCCGAUGUUCCAGCCGAAGAGAGCAGCAAUACUGAGAAACCCGAGGUUCUCCGCUACAUCCCCUCAAUUCACGGUGACUAUGACCCGACGGCUCCUUAUGCACAAAAGCCUGAAGAGCCCGAGGAAGGUUCGAAUAUCCAUGUGGAUCCAAGUGCUGCAUACGCUGCCACCGGUACGUUCAACCGAUUCACCGGUCAAUGGCAGGCAAGCACCAUAACCCCGGAAAAUUACAACGCGGAGAACAAGUCGUAUCGCCAAAUGCAUGCUUUUUAUGACGUUGACGCAGCCGCCAACAACCAUGAUGGUCGAAGCUUAAAGGCCGAACGAAGCGCACAACGGAUCACAAAGAGCCAGAUGAAGGGAUUCAAGAAGAAAGCCCGUGAAAAGAAGGAAGAAAAACGCCGAGCCUGGCUUCGUGAUUGA